AUGUUCGGCCCGAAGAGAGGACCGCCGAAGGCGGUGCCGAUGCGCCGCAAAGGCCAACCCGCGCCGGUCGUGAGGAUAACCAAGGAGGAGGCCGAGCGCCUGAAGCAGCAGAAGUACCUCGACGAGCUCGCCAAAGAGGUGGACAGGAACACGGACCUGUUCGAGCGCGAGCGCGCGGCGCUGGAACGCCUCGAGCGCGAGCGCGGGGCGCGUCCGGGGAGCGAGCUCGAUCCGCCCCCGCCCGGCGCGUUCCCCGGCGCGAGCGGCGACGACGUGUACGACGACGUCGACGCGCGCCGCCGCGAGUACGCCCACGCGGAAAUCCCCGGUCUGGAAGCGCACGUCCCCACGAGCGAGGAGCGGCGCAAGUUCCCGUCGUGGGAGGACGACGCGACGCUCGGGCGCGCGUCCGUCGCGGACGACGCGCGAUUCGCGGAAGAAGAGAUCACCGGACCCCCACAACCAAACGCCGCAAACGCCGCGUAUCAUCCCGGCGCGUUCCCCGGGCACCUCGACGCGAUCAACGCCGAGUACGGCGACGCGAUAUCGCGCGCGGCUGCCGCGCGCGCGUCGUUCGCGGGCACCGGACGGGAUCCGAUGCUCGUGGACCCCCGCGCCGCGGCGGAGGCGUCGGCGAAGGAAGCGCGAAACGCCGAGUUCCGAGACGCGCUCGACGCGCAAGUCGCCGCGAAAGCGGAAGCGCGGAGACGCGCGGAGCUCGCGAACCGGCAGCUCGACGACGUCGCGUACGACCCGUGGGGCAAGGGCGGCGGCGGCGCGCCUUUACGCGACGCUCGCGGCGAACUCUACGCGGAUCUCCGCGGGGUGGACAUCCACGCGGGGAACAUGCCUCAGAACGUCUCCUCGCCGACGCGCGCGCGCGCCGCGCGUCCCUCCGUCGUCGUCCCGGACGGCACGCACAGGGACGCCAUGAUCGGCGUGCCGCGACGCGGCGUGAACCCCGGGCACGGGGAGUACUCCUCGCCGAUGCAACGCGCCGGCGGCGGCCCGAGCUCGUUUCGCAUCGGCGGCCGCGGCGAGCGGCAGCGGCAGCAGCUCAUCGCGGACCUCGACGAGCAAGUCAGGCUCAAGAAGGAAGCCGCGCGCAUACAGAAGCUGAAGGAGGAGAUCGAAGACGCGAAGAUCGACCGAAGGAUCCAACAGGUGAUCGAAGAGGAGCGUCGCAUCCUCGCGUUGAAGGCGGAGUCCCCGGUGAUCAACCCUCAGAGCGGGAACACCGGCGUCGAGGGCGGCGUCCUCGCGCCGCCCCUUGGCGCCGACGACGGCGCGCCGCCGCCGCCGCCCGCGGACGCGGCGUCCCCGGCCGCCGAGAAGAAGAAGAAGAAGACGACGCCGCCGCCGGACGAGGAGGACCCCGGCAAACCGGCGCCGCGGCUGCGAAACUCCCCGCCGAUGCGAUCGCCCGUGUACGACCCCAACCGCGGCGGGUACGUCCCGGACUCCGUCCGACGCCCCCUCCACGGGUUCGCCGCGCCGUCUUCCCCGCCGCCGCCGUCGUACGGCGGCGGGAGGGAGCUCGCGUACGCGGACGUCCCCGGGUUGGAACACCACGGCGGCGGCGGCGAGAUGAUGAUCCCUUCGCGGUCGCACCCGUCCACCCCGGGCGGGUUCGACGGCGGCGUCGCGCGGCCUCUCCACGACCCGCUCGCGGUCAGAGGCCGCACGCCGUCGUCUCGCGGCGCGACGCCGAACCCGCGCGAGCUGAAGCGCAUCGUCGAGGAGCUGCAGCACUCGCAGGACCGCCUGAGGCGCGUUCUGUCGUACGCCGGUCCCCGUACGACCGCGUUUGCGCGGCUCGAGAUGGAGGCGCAGGCGAGGGAGCUGAAAGACGUGCAGCUGGAGGCGCAGCGGCUCGCGAGAGAGCGCGACCUCGCCGAGCGCGAGCGCGAUCUGCAGUCGCAGCUGAACGCGAUCCGGGUCGACAUCGAGGGCGGCGGGAACGGCAGCGUGCGGUCGUCGUUCGAGUUUGACCGGCGACAGGGCGCCGCUCUGAGAGCGUCGCGGGAGAGCGGCGGCGGCGGCGGCGAUAUAUCGCGAGAAGUCCGCCGCUCGCUCGUGCUUCCCAUCGACGGCGACCCCGUGGACGGGUUCGUCGUCGACUCGCGGUUCGUGCGCGUGGACGCGCCGAUGACGGGCGACGAGACCGCGAACUUGGUGAGGAGAGGGGCCACGGUGCGGCCCGGGGAGUUUGGCAAGGCGGUGAGAGCCGGUCGAGAGAAUCGGAUUCCCAAGGCGCCGAGGGAUCCGAGGACGGAGCAGCGGAUCCGCGCGAGGAAGAAGCGCGAGGCGAUGGAGGGACGGCCCGCGUGGGGGGGCGGGGGCGGGGGGAGUGGGGGGAGUAAGGCGAAGCCGACGCGAUGGCACUGA